AUGACCGACUCACUCAUCCAACUUGCUAUUCAAAUGACACGAGCCAUUGUACCAAUAAUAAUCUUAGUUGGUAUUAUAGGAAAUUCAUUGAAUAUUGCUGUACUUAGUAGACCUAGUCUAUACAAUCAUGCUUGUUCUCGUUAUUUUUUGGCACUUGCUUGUAAUAAUCUGUUCUAUACAAGUACAAUGAUGAUUUAUCGUCUUUUAGCUGAUGGUUAUCAACUUGAUAUAACAAAAGUUUCUCCUAUUUCAUGCAAAUUAAUUGUAUAUACAUUUCAAACAUGUGGAAUAUUAUCACAAUAUUUUGUUAUUCUUGCUUCAAUUGAUCGAUAUUGUGCCAGUUCAUCCAAUGUUUAUCUACGAAAAUUCAGUAAUGUUAAAGUAACUCGAUGGGCAGUUUUAUUUGUCAUGAUGAUUAUUAUGCUUUUCUAUAUCAAUACAGCAGUUCUAAUUGAUUUACGAACAACAGAUUCAUAUGGAUGUCGUGUUCGAGGUGAUACAAUCUACAAACAAGCAUAUUCAAUCAUACAAGUUAUUUUAUAUGCUAUUAUUGCACCUAUUCUCAUGGCAAUAUUUGGUAUGAUGACCAUUUACAAUACAAAAAAAGUACGUGUUGCUCCCAUAAUAGUUUCACGUCAUCGUCGAACUGAAAAUCAAUUAGCCUUUAUGCUUAUGAUACAAGUGAUCGUUAAUAUAAUAUUAACUAUGCCAACUUGUGUUACCUAUUUAAUGUUAAUCAUGUCACUUUCAAUUCAAACAACAUCUACAUUUUAUUUUGUUCGUACAAUAAGUCAACUUCUUCUGUAUUUUUCCUUUACUACACCAUUUAUGUUGUAUGUUGUUUCGGCUCGCGUAUACAGAAAAGAGCUGAUUCAAUUCAUGUGUCGAUUACUACGAUUACGUAAUAGUAAUCUAAUUCAUCUAUCGACAAGUACAAUUACAAACCAUGUUGUACCAUUCAAUAUAACAAUUCAUAAAACAACAAUUUUAUGA